AUGCCAGAACUCGCAUUGCAGCCAGGCUCGUGGGUCUUCGUGACUGGAGUCAAUGGUCUCAUCGGCAGCCACAUCGCCGACCAGCUCCUCGCCCGCGGCUACAAUGUCCGCGGCGCAGUCCGCGACGUCGAGAAGUGCAACUGGCUGAAGGAGUACUUCGACGACAAGUACAGCCAGCAAGACGCUGCUAAAUUCGAGCUCGUCGCCGUCCCCGACAUGGCUGUAGAAGGCUGCUACGACGAUGUCGUUAAAGGAACCCACGGCUUCAUCCACGUCGCCUCGCCCCUCCACGGACCCGACGCCAGAGUCCUCGUCCCCCUGACCGUUCAAGGCGCCCUCAACGCCGCGAAAGCAGCCGCAAAGACGCCCACUGUAACCCGCUUCGUCUUCACGUCGUCGUCCAUCGCAGCCACGAUCCCAAAACCAAACGUCAAAUUCUCAAUCGACGCGUCGAGCUUCAACGACGCAGCCGUGGAGAAAGCCUUCAACUACCCGGCCGACGAGCCGCAGGAACUGAAGGGCAUGUACAACUACGCGGCGCUGAAGACGGCCGCCGAGCGCGCGAUGUGGAAGUUCGUCAACGAGGAGAAGCCGGGCUUCGUGUUUAACUCUGUCCUCCCAAACGCAAACUACGGCAAAGUCCUGAUCCCAACACAACAAGGCACGCCCUCGACCAUCGCAUGGGCGCACGCGGCAUUCACAGGCGAACUGUGGGACUUGCACCGCAGUAGAAUCCCACCCCAGUACUUCAUCGACACCGUCGACACCGCACUCCUGCACGUCUCGGCGCUCAUCCACGCUUCCGUGUCCAACGAACGGCUCUUCGGGUUCGCGGAGCCGUUUCACUGGGAUAAGAUACUGGGUAUCUUCCGGCGCAUCUACCCGGAGAGGACGUUCCCGGCGGACGACCCGGCGGAUGACAGGAGGGAUCUUAUGACGGUGCCGAAUAAGAGGGCGGAGGAGGUGUUGGGGUGGGUUAAGGGGGGUGGGGAGGGGUGGACGGGGUUGGAGGUUAGUUUGCGGGAGAUGAGUGAGGCGUGGGUUUAG